GCUCCUGGGCCAACGCAAAAUGGAAUGUAUUGUGCAACAAAUAAAGAGACUUUGCCAGGGGCUUUACGUUAAUUCCCCAACUAUGGAUAAAGAUCAUUGCUAAAGUCGACUGUUAAAAUACAAACUUGAAAAACUUCCUAAAAGAAAUAUAAGUAAAAUAAAAUGGAAGAAGCACCGACUACAAAUGAAGACCCACUAAGCACAACUAUAACAACUAUGCCAACGAUUCCAGGUGAUCUGGAUAACGAUAAUACAGAUACACCGGUAAAGCUUGUACAAAAGCUAAGACUCUUUUUCACAAAUCACUGGAGAGGUCUGAUCGCCACUUUAUUGCCCAUAAUUUUGCUGCCUAUUGUAGUGCCGCCGCCGACUGAGAAAUAUCAAUGGGUUGGCUACACUUUAGUUAUAAUGGCGGUAUACUGGAUGACGGAAAUAAUACCGCUUCCUAUCACGUCCUUCAUUCCAGUUUUUGUCUUCCCAGUAACUGGAGUGAUGAGUACUGCAGAGACUGUUACGUGCUACUUUAAUGAAUCAGUCUUUAUGUUCAUAGGAAGUUUGAUGCUAGCGGCUGCUGUUGAACAGUCAGGGUUACAUAAACGGCUGGCUCUAUAUGCCAUUCAACUUAUUGGCUACUCUCAUUACAAACUGCUUUUCGCAAUGUGUUUCGUCACAAUGUUCAUAUCGUUGUGGAUAACCAAUACCGCGGCCACGACUAUGAUGGUUCCUAUAAUUUUUGCCCUUCUCAAAGUAUUUGAAGAUCAAAAUCUACUGACUAUCUACGACACAACCGAUGACGGUAGUAAAGUGGCGUCAUCCAUGACGACGUGCUAUUUCUGCGCAGCAACAUUUUCUGCAACAAUAGGUGGCAUAGGUACUUUAGUAGGUACUGUCACUAACCUAGCAUUCAAAGGUCUUCUGGAAAAGUACUAUCCCGAUGCCCCUGAUUAUCUUUCAUUUCCAAAAUAUUCAGCAUUUGCUCUCCCAUACACUUUUUGCAUGGAAAUUGCUCUUUACGUCUGUUUGAUCUUGAUGAGUUUUGGAUUUUUAAGACCAAAAAGUGAAGCUGCCAAAAGAGCUAAAAUAUCACCUGAAGGGAUAUUGGCUGCGAAAAUGGCUGUUCAAGAGGAUGUGAAGAACUUAGGCAAAAUCACAUAUUGGGAAAUAAAUGUUAUUUUACUAUUCGGAACAUGCAUGAUAAUGUUCUUCUGUCGCUCACCGCAAAUAUUUCCAGGUUGGGCGGACAGAAUAAUCAAAUAUUUUAAUAUUAAAGACUUAAAAUUUAUUAAAGAUUCUGCUUGUGCAAUGUUUUUUUGCUUUCUAAUGCUAUUAUUGCCAUCAUCAAUGGGCAUAUUUGAUAAUUUUACUAAACCUGUGGACGAUCUGCCUACACAAAAACAGGGAUCAGUGCUUAAUUUCACGCCUAUGGAUGCUGUUCUUCCGUACAGUUUCAGUUUUCUUUUAGGUGGGGGAUUUGCAUUAUCAACAGCAGCUAAGAAAGAGUACUCUGAUUUGAACGGAAAAAUCGGAGAGGCGUUAAUCGGACUACAGAAUUUUCCAAAUAAUCUUAUUAUUUUAAUAAUAAUAAUAAUAACUGUUAUUAUAACGAACUUCGCCUCCAACGUCGCUGUUUGUAACGUCCUCGUUCCUAUAGCCAUGACUUUGGCUCAAAAAAUCAAAGCACAUCCACUGCUGUACUGUGUGACAGCUGGAGUGUCGGCUUCAUUUUGUUUUCUUUUACCUGUCGGUACACCUGGAAAUCUCAUCGUACAAAGCGCAGCUAAUAUACCAACUUCAAAAAUGAUAGUCACAGGAGCUGCACCCACAGUAGUAAUUAUUUUCAUAACAUGGUUCUUUCUAAUAGUUUAUGCUCCUGUGAUAUGGUCCGAUAUAAAUGCAAAAGAAAUACCCGAUUGGGCUAAACCAAAACCUUAGUAAGUAGGUUAAAACUGUACAAUACAGUUAGAUUAAUAAACAUCAUGAAACAAACACAUGCAAUCAAUUAUAUGCUCUGCCAACCGAUGAUCAAGAUCAAGUCAAACAAGAUUGUUCCAGUUUUAUUUAUUUUUCAUAUAAUUUUAUUUUGUAUUGAAUCGUAUGUGUAAUAUAUCAAAGGACAUGAUUUACUGAUAAAAUUAAAUUUG